CCUCCAUCUGAUCUCCUCACCCAUGCACCUCUAUCCCUGCCACUCUUUGAUCGUUCGCAACGCACCUAAUUAACCAUGUCUGAUCACUCAAGGCCAGUGAGCCAAGCGCUCUACGAUCCUUCCUCGACUUCCUCACGACAGGCUGUCAAGUUCUUGACUGCAGUUACAAUUGGUGCUACGCUCCUAAUCUUGUCUGGGUUGACCUUAACCGGGACGGUGAUGACCUUGAUCCUGGCAACCCCGGUUCUGGUCCUGUUCAGCCCGAUCCUAGUCCCUGCAGGUAUAGUCUUAUUCCUGGUUGCUGCCGGUUUGGUAGUCUCUGGCGGGUGCGGUGUGGUGGCCAUGACGGCAUUGUCGUGGAUAUAUAACUACGUGACGGGAAAGCACCCGAUGGGGGCGGACAGGCUCGAUUAUGCGAGGAUGAGGAUCGCGGACAAGGCUAGGGACAUGAAAGAGAGGGCCAAGGAGUACGGGCAGCUUGUGCAACAUAAGGCUCGUGAGGCGACCCAGGGUGCUUGAGAACGACGUAGAACGUACGUGUGGUGUAUAUCAUGGGUUUCUCGAAGCGUAGUUUGAUGGUGUUCCUGUUUUAUUUGCUUGCAGUACUUUGCAUCGGCUAUCUUGUUCUUUCUUUUGUACCGCACUUGGGUGCCUUGCUUUCAGUUGAGGGUAUAGUUUGUUUAAUAAACCUAUCUGUAGCUAAGCAAUUUCCUUGUUAGGCUGCGUUAUGACAGAAGAAAAGGCCUCAUGAUGUUGUUUUCC